CAGUUAGUUUUGUUAAGCUUUUGUAACAUCACACAUUUACAUAACGAAUAGUAACCUUGACAGUCAUUGUAUAUGGACAUAAAACUCAGCACGUGUAAUCAUAAACACUAUGUAACAGUUACACAACUUGGACACUUAUAAAACCAAGCCCACACGUUUGGUAUUUGUCUUCUGUCUCCAGGGAUAUUAUGACAAGAGAACGCUCUUGAGAAUUUACUUCAUUAUUUUUCCAACAAUUGCUAUCUGAUUCUUUGAUUUCACUCAUUGUAGAUGUUUACAAUGGGAGGUCACAACAUUCCCCGUAUAACACUCAUAGUUCUAUCUGUUGUCGGCUUCAUUAUAUGUGUUGUAUUCAACGCACUUGCUGGACCAGGGAUUGGUGCUUUUAAGAACACGACCAGUGCUAUAUCAAAUAAGUACGAUACACAAAUCACACCAUCGGGAUGGACCUUCUCGAUCUGGGGUGUCAUUUACACCUGGCUGUCCCUCAUGCAUAUUUACAUCCUUUCUACUACCUGUAGGAGAACAGCGUAUGGUCCGAUGUAUUGCAGUCCUGCUGUGUUGCCGUAUGGAUUCUAUAUCAUCUGGAUUUUGAACAUGCUGCUUAAUAUAAUCUGGCUCUUUCUUUGGGAUAGAGAGGUGAUGAUUGCUGCAUUUAUUUUCCUGGCCUUGAUCGCCUUUACAAACUACUUGAUGAUAUUCCUCUCCUCUCAUAGUCUCAAAAACUAUGGAGCUUGGUUAUACAAAUAUCACAAAGUAGACCUAUGGUGCAUCCGAAUACUGGUUCAGAAUGGGAUUGCAACAUACGCAACAUGGACAACUAUUGCAACGCUGCUUAACUUUACAAUUGUGCUAAGUUAUAAUGCUGGAAUGAACAAAUCAGAUGCAGCAACAGUAUCUCUCUCAAUACUUCUGGGUGAAGUUGUUGGUUGGUUUAUUGUUGAGAACUUUAUCUUUGAGAAGCAUCUACGAUACAUCCUGACAAUCUAUCCUGUUGUCAUUGUUGCUCUGAGUGGAAACAUGACAAAGAAUUUUAAUGCUGCGGAUCCAAGCCGCAAUGGCAUCUUCAUAGCUGUCCUAUUGGGGUUGGCCUGUGCACUGUUUGCGAUCAGACUGUUACUGGUAAUAUGGAGGCACGUCAAACGCCCUCUUUACAGAGGCAUGUAUGCAGAGGAGGUCAUGUCACCAAUGGAGAUUGCCGAAAAGCAAAUGAAGAUUUUUAAAUAAAUUAAAUGUAAUUUCACAUUUUUAAACAUCCUAAUAAUGUGUUUAUAUCAGUGACAUUUAUUUUAAUUGUUUAAAUGCAUGUCUACACUCUAAAAAGAAAUGUUGGGUUAUUUGGGGUUGUAAUUUUAACCUAUAUGCUUGGUUGUUUUUAACCUAUUGUUGGGUCAAUAUAAACAUUUAAUUUAACUUAACAGCUGGGUUGUUAAGUUGAAAACAACCUAGCAUUUUUUAGAAUGUAUAUCGAUUAGAUUUUAUACUUUUAAAUCUAAAAUUAGAUUUGAAAAUGAUUUUAAACAGUCAUGAUUUGUACUGUAUAUUAUUCUGUACUUUUUUACCUUUCCAAGCAAUAAAAUAAGGUCAAAGUUUCAA